AUGGCAUUUGUGGGCCAAGUCUCCUUGGUGGCGGAGUAUGCCCGCCCCUACCCACAAAUGGCCUGUGGCUUGUCCUCCUCCACCGAUGAACACUGUCAACUGACCAGCGAGAAUACGCUAUAG